GUCUGGUCCAGAGACUGUGAGGAGCUGCUUAUAGUGGAGAGAGCAGAGUACCCACCACAGCUCUCUGUCAGCUGUAGUAUCUAUAGCCAGACCACGGACAGACCAGGUCAUCCGGAGCAGUCUCCUUCAAGUCAAGUGGCAGUCCUGCCCGCCCUCUCAGUGGAUUCCUGGUUGGUCACCCAUCUCACCAACCAGAUUUCAUCAACAUCUGCGAGUCUGUCCGCUGCCCGCUGAGUUCACCUCAGUCUUCGUUGGAGGCCAGUCCAGCACUUCAAGCUGGACGGAGGAGAGAAGAGUGGGGCCGAGGGCCCAACAUUUGUGUUGCGACAUAGAACUUCAAAUCUCAUAGCACAACACACCACAGAGUCUACGCCUACAGGUCCCAUGAGUCCACGGGAGAAAGCAGACUUGCCCACCUCAGGUUCUUCAACCAGUCACCUCAGCACCGCAGAGUGCCCCUCACACAGUGGGAGCGUCCCAGAGUGCGACGACAAGAAAAGGGUAAGCGAAGAGGAUGACAGAGGAAGAAAAGAGGAGGAAACGGAGGAGGAGGAGGAUGAGAGGAACGGUGAUGAAGGCUUCAUGGGAAUGACUCCACUCCUGCAAGCACACCACGCCAUGGAGAGGAUGGAGGAGUUUGUACACAAGAUGUGGGAGGGUCGGUGGCGCGUCAUUCCUCACGAUGUACUCCCCGAUUGGCUGAAGGACAACGACUUUCUGCUUCACGGCCACAGGCCUCCCAUGCCUUCGUUUCGCGCCUGCUUCAAGAGCAUCUUUAGAAUCCACACAGAGACGGGAAACAUCUGGACACACCUGCUAGGCUGUUUGUUUUUCCUCUGUCUGGGCCUGAUGUACAUGUUCAGACCCAACAUGUCUUUUGUGGCUCCGGUCCAAGAGAAGGUGGUGAUCGGGAUGUUUUUCCUGGGAGCCAUCCUCUGCCUUUCAUUCUCCUGGCUCUUCCACACAGUCUACUGCCACUCUGAGGGCGUGUCCAGAGUCUUCUCCAAGUUGGACUACAGUGGGAUUGCCUUCCUGAUAAUGGGCUCCUUCGUCCCCUGGUUGUAUUAUUCCUUCUACUGCUCCCCUCAGCCCUGCUUCAUCUACCUGAUAGUGGUCUGUGUACUAGGACUGGCUGCCAUCACCGUAUCACAGUGCGACUUCUUUGCUACUCCGCAGUACAGAGGAGUCAGAGCAGGUAGAUUGGGAUAAGUGAGGAUGGGUUGG